AUGAUUUCAGAACCAAAGGGAAUGUCCAAUGGGAGAGCGGUCAAUGGGUUCCUGCUCGAUAUAACGGGAGUAUUGUAUAAUAGUAUUUAUAAAUCCGAUGGAGUAGCAAUUGCAAAAUCAGCGGAAGCUGUAGAUUUCUUAUAUCAGCACUCAAAAGUCAAGUUUCUCAGCAAUGCCAAAGGAAAUUCGAACAGAAAUGUAGCUCGGAGACUCCAGAGACUCGGGAUUAAUGUUCGAGAGGAAGACGUCAUUACACCAGCUCCGGUCGUUGCUCAAUAUUGCCGAGAAAACAAACUUCGCCCGCAUCUCUUCGUCCGAGACGAUGUUCUCGAAUACUUCGAUGGAAUUGACACGUCAUCUCCGAAUUGUGUUGUGAUGGGAGAAGUUGAGGAAGGCUUCUCAUUCGAUCGAAUCAAUCGAGCAUUUCGGAUACUCAUCGACAUGCCAAAACCUCUUCUCAUAACAAUGGGCAAUGGAAAAUUCUUCCAACGAGUCGAUGGUCCGUGCAUUGAUGUCGGUGCAUUCGCUGCUGCACUCAAGUUUUCAACUAAUUGCGAGGUUUUGAACAUUGGUAAACCAAGCCGGUUCUAUUUCGAACAGGGAAUGAAUGCGUUGGGUAUGAAACCCGAAGAAAUUGUGAUGGUCGGCGAUGAUUUGAUGUCAGACGUGGGCGGUGCACAAGCAUGUGGAAUGCGUGGAAUUCAAGUCAGAACCGGCAAAUGGCGGCCAGAUUUCGAGAAGAUGCCGGUGACUCCAGAUCUGACUGCAGAUUGCCUUUACGAUGCGGUGAAAUUAAUUGCGGAUAACGGAUUUCGAUUGUAA